UCCUUGAGUGGCCCAAGUUGGUUCCCUCAGGGCCUUUGCACUUACUGUUCCUUGCAUUUAGCCCUCUUCCUUCUUGCCCUGCAGGAGUCCAUUCAAACAUCACUUCCUACCUAGGGAGCCUCCACCCUACCCUGCUCUUCAUUACUUUCCAGGGUUUCUUUACAGCCCUUACUGUCCCUCCAAAACACCUAGUUCAAGCAUGUGUCUAUUUGCCUAAGACCUUGGACGCAAGCUGUUUGAGGCAGGGAACGCUGUGCUCUGGCUUGCUGCUGACAGCCAGACCCCAGAAUAGGAGAAGCUCAGGCAAUAUUGGAUGGAUGGAUGGAUGGAUGGAUGGAUGGGACAUGGUGAUAUUAAGGGACUUGCCUGACCACAAAGCAGCAGCAGAGCUGAGCACCAACCAAGACCAUUGGACCCCAAUCCUGUGGGCUUAAUCCUAGAGAAGUGUUGCCCCCACAGUUUUUGGUUAAAAACCUGGCUGCCUGGGUUGGGAUCCCUGCUCCACUAAUUCACUAUGUGUCCUUGGCAAGGCAUCUUUACCUCUCUGAGCCUGUGUUCUCGUUUGUAAAAUGAGGACGUUAACGAUUCUAACUCUAGUGGAUUAAAUGAAGUAGCACACGGCCUGGCAGGAGUACUGCUAAUAACUGUAGCAACUGUGGCUGGCAUCACUUUCCCGCUUCGAUAAUUAGAGCGUGGGGGCGACUUGCCUGCCUCCCCAAGCUGGGUAUCUGGGUGUGCCAGGCUUGCCCUCCCACUCGUUGGACAGGUUUGGGAGAGGGCGGGCAGAGGCGUGGGGCCCAGGAGGGGCUGGCCAGGGUUAAUUAGAGGGAGCUGGCUGGGAGGAGCUGGGGGAGAGGGGCUGAGCAGAGGCUGUGCAGAAGCUCAACCUCCAGAGCCCCUAGUUGUGUGAGACUAUGGGUCGGGGCUUAAAUUCUGCCAGACUCAGGCGCCAGAAACGGCGCCUGCAACAUCGGGUCCAGAAGUCCAGGCAGCAGCCAGAGCGGCUGCAGCAGGAGAAUCAUGAGCUCCGCCGGGGCCUGGCAGCACGGGGAGCCGAGUGGGAGGCCAGGGCUGUGGAGCUGGAGGGGGAUGUGGAGGCCCUGCGGGCCCAGCUUGGAGAACAACGCUCAGAGCAGCAGGACAGUGGACGAGAACGAGCCCAGGCCCUCAGGGAACUCAGUGAGCAGAACCUGCGGCUCAGCCAGCAAUUGGCCCAGGCCUCCCAGACUGAGCAGGAGCUUCAGAAGGAACUAGAUGGCCUUCGGGGGCAGUGCCAGGCCCAGGCCCUGGCCAGGGCAGAGCUGAGGACUCGACUGGAAAGUCUGCAGGGGGAGAACCAGAUGCUGCAGAGUCGCCGGCAGGACCUGGAGGCCCAGAUCCGAGGACUGCGUGAGGAGGUGGAGAAGGGCCAGGGCAGGCUACAGGCAACCCACGAGGAGCUGUUGCUACUGCGGCGAGAGAGGCGGGAGCACAGCUUGGAGCUGGAAUGUGCGCGCUCCGAGGCCAGGGAGGCACUGAGUACCCUGCGGAGGCUGCAGCGGCGAGUUUCGGAGCUGGAGGAGGAGUCACGCCUGCAGGACGCCGACACAUCGGGGGCCUCGCUGCAGUCAGAGCUUGCCCACAGCCUGGACAGCGACCAGAACCAGAACCAGAACGCAGAUGGACACAGAGAUGCCCCGACCACUCUGUCCCCGGAGACCCAGGAGGCAUCCAGUCAACAGCCUUCAUCCCAGGAGGAGAGCUUGGAGCCUCCCAUAAAGAAAGCAUCCCUGAGCCCAGGAGAGAUACUGGAGGAGGAGAUGGAAGUGGCCCGGCUGCAGGAUGAGAUCGAGCUUCAGCAGGCAGAGGUCCAGUCCCUGCGGGAGGAGCUGCAGAGGCAGAAGGAGCUGCGGGAACAGGAACCCGAGGAGGCACUGAGCUGCGCCCUCUCGGACAGGGAAACGGCUGUGAACAAGGCCCUGGAACUGUCCCUGGAGCUCAGCCGCGUCUCUCUGGAGCGGGACUCCCUCUCCCGGGAGCUGCUUCGCACCAUCCGCCAGAAGGUGGCGCUGACGCAAGAGCUGGAGGCCUGGCAGGACGACAUGCAAGUGGUGAUUGGGCAGCAGCUGCGCUCCCAGCGCCAGAAGGAGCUGAGCGCCGCUGGGUCCGCUCCGAGUCGUCCAGCACCGCGCUUCUCACUGCGGGGGCGCCCUGGCCAUGCCGGGGGCUUCUUCAGCAACCUCUUCCGAAGGACCUGAGGGCCGUCUAAGGGGCCUGCCCUGCCAUCUCUGGCUCACUUUCCUCUUCUGGGCAAUGGAGCGACAGGGCCCAGAUUGUCUUCCAAAGGGGGCUGGUACCCUCCCAACCCAGGAAAGCUGGGCAGGGGCUCGCUGGGAGCAGGCCCCAGCUUUGAGGGUCAGGGGCCCCAGGUCGGUGGUGGGGGGCAGGUGGGGCAGAGCUGUCUAUUUUUUGAAUCUAUAUAGGUCUUUUCUAAGCACUAGGGCACCAGGCCCCCGCGCCCUGGCAAGCUCCGGGGAAGGGGUGGGGUGGUUAUUUAUGUAUCAGAUCAGAUAGUAAUAUAUAAUUCAUUGCA